CUCUCCCAAUAGGUAAAGGUGACCAAAUUUGCUCCAUUUACUAAACUAGUGUUGAAGUAGCUUGUUGAACUAACAAAACAACCUUUUAGUUUUCAAAGUCUAAUCUGGCCUUUUAUCCACAAGUCACUCCAGAGUCCAGUUUGGCCGUCGCUGACCAACCAGACGAGAGGCGGGUGGUGAACAACCGAGUCCUCAUAAAACGGAUGCGAAGAAGAAGAAAAAGCUGUCCGUGCCUCCGCAAGACUGGAAAUAAUUGAAUGAGUGGCUAGGUACUACCGUAGUGACGUAGUCCGCACUACUUACGCUUCAAGUUCAAGCCUUCAACGCUGAGCGCCCAAGCCCGGCAAGCCCUCAUUACAAUCAUUGUGCUUUCGUCCAUAAUUUUCUGUAGCAUUGCCUGGAUCACUAGACUGACUAGAGCGAUCAUGACUCUGUGUAAUUUGUGCAACAAGAAGCCCUCGUGUUACACAUGUCCCCGCUGCAAUGUCCGGUACUGCUCGUCAAGCUGUUAUUCGGGAGCUAAGCACUCCUCAUGUUCUGAAGAUUUCUACAAAGAACAAGUCCACUUACAGCUGCACAAUCACCAAGCACCACCUGAUUCUCGGAAAAGAAUGAUUGAAAUGCUCAAGCGACUAGAAAGCCCAGAUGCUUUUGCUCCUACUCCAAGUCAACUGCUAAAUCCUGAACAGCAAAGUUUUGAACAAGAUGAAAAUGAACAACUUGACUCGGAUGAUGAUGAGGAUUUAGAAACUAGACUUCAAGGAAUAGAUUUGGAUGACAGUGAUGCUGUCUGGGAGCAGCUAACAGAAGAUGAAAGACGUCAGUUCUGUCAGCUCAUCCAAUCGGGAGACAUUAAUGAGAUUCUGCCCACCUACAUACCAUGGUGGCUUCCUCCAGAAAGUGUUGCUGACAAUGGGCCUAUCAUUGUAGAGCUCCAAGACACUGAAGCCAAAAUUAUCAAAGAAAAUCAGUUCUCUACAUCAACAGACUAUCAAAGACUUAUGAAAUCUUCUGAAAAUAAAAGUAAUAUUCCUUCUUCCACUAAAACUUUUGAUAAUUCUAAUUUAUCUUUUAACAAACAACCUUCCAAGGAUGAGGAAUCAACAACUGAAUCUCCUGAUCAAGAUUCUUUCUCUCAAAGCCCUAGUCAUAUGUCAUCGAGUACCUCGCUACCCACACAGCCUGCUUUAACUAGUGUUUCAAACUCUAUAGUCAGUGAUAUAACCAAAGAAGAUAAAGAAUUUGCUACAAAGGAUGAGACUAGUAUCAUAGAUUCACUAAACGAGAAAAUAUCAAUCAGUUGUUCUUCGUCUUCCAAAAGUAAAGUGGUUAAGAAAUUGACAUCGAAGCACCAUGUUGGUGUAGUAUGUGCCUUCUCCUGUGUACCUGCAUCUAUCAAGGCCAAGUACCCCAACUGCCCUCCUCUCGGCAAAGUCAAGAAGCUCUCUGAUUUAAUAUCCACAACGCCUUCUCCCCGCUUACGUUACAGUGUCCUGAAUACGGCAGUGGGCUACGCGUGGCUGAUGCGACUCUUCAACGGCGAUCUAGAGGACUGCAGCCAGGAGGCGGCUGAGGGACUCCUGUGCAUGUGCUCACCCCUCAGCUCUCCUCAAGUUUUCUGCAGCGCUGAAGAAGCUGUCGCGAGUGUCAACAUGCGAUCGUUGCAGCACGAUUGGUUGUGCGCUACCAAGGAGAUGAUGGACUCUGCUGCUGCUGAUGCAGCUGUAAUUAUUACCGGUCCGCGAGAGCUGCCUGGAUAUUUCCUCAUUGCUGCGCUGUGUCACCUCAAGCAGCUCCUGCAAGAUGCUCUCAAAGGGAAGGCGACGCCGAAAGCAGGCGCGUUUCUGUCGUCUAUACCAGGCGGCCAGGCGACCAUCAAGCCUGUCCUCGCGACGACACAAAACCUGAAAACUGCCGUCCGCAAACUCGACUUCUAUCUGGCCUACGCUGCGGUACACAAGCAGGACUUUCUUCUUGGUUCUUUUGGGUGACUGUACCCGCUGCAUUAUUAAAUACGAGCCUUAUUCUACAGACGAAAUAUCCAUUACCCAGCCUUUAGAUAAGGUUGACAUUGACGUUGCCAGUUUCACCUAUGGACAUGAAGCAAAUACAUUAUUUUUUCUAUUAAAUGAUUUUGAAAUUA